AUGGCUCUUCAAUGGCUAAGCAUGGUAGGUGCCAUAUGGUUGCAAUCCAUUAAUGGAACAAACUCAAAUUUUCCUGCUUAUUCAUCCGAGCUGAAGCGUAUGCUCUCCAUAACACAGCCUCAGCUUAAUAAUCUGGCUGCAGCCUCCGAUGCCGGGAAACUUCUUGGCUGGUUAUCCGGAACGGCAGCGGCGCAUUUGCCUCUUUGGAUAGUGCUCCUAAUUGGUGCAACUCUUGGCCUAAUUGGUUAUGGAAUACAGUAUCUUUUUCUCAUAAAUCAAAUCUCGUCUCUUUCUUACUGGCAUGUUUUUCUACUAACUGUUUUAGCAGGGAACAGCAUUUGUUGGAUCAACACAGUUUGUUACAUAGUUUCGAUAAAAAAUUUCUCCCUUGAUCGACAGAUUGCUACAGGUUUAUCCACUAGUUAUAUAGGUUUUAGUGCAAAAAUUUAUGCAGAUAUAGUGGAUGCUGUAGCUCCAAAUUCACCUUCAGAAAGAGCCAAAUUGUUUCUUCUUUUAAAUUCUGUUGUUCCCUUAGGAGUUUGUAUUCUAGCAGCACCACUGGCUAGAGAUGUUCAUGUUGGAAAAUCAAGAAAAUUAGCAGGAGGGUACAUUUGUAUGUUUGCAAUAACAGUAAUUACAGGAAUUUAUGCUGUGAUCACCAGUUUAGGCCAGAAAAUUUUAAGAUUCUUACAUCCUUCGACAAAUGUUAUUGGCGUGGUCGUGUUCUUAAUCCUGCCCCUUGCCGUUCCUUUGUCUGAAAAGAUUAGAGAAACCCUGCAACAAAAAUGUCUGAUAAGAGUACACGAUGAAGGUGCUUCUGCUACAUCAAUGGAAAAUGGGGCAAACGUGGAAGAUGGAGAGAAUUUAAGCAAGUUCUGUGAAGAAAGUGUAGAGGAAAUUGGAGUGAAGUUGAUGCUAAGGAGAGUGGAAUUUUGGUUAUAUUUCUUUGCUUAUUUGUUUGGUGCAACAGUUGGUUUAGUUUAUCUAAAUAAUCUGGGACAAAUUGCCGAGUCCCGGGGAUGUUCUGGGACGUUGGCUCUCGUCUCCUUGUCUUCAGCAUUCAGCUUCUUCGGCCGGCUCAUUCCAUCAUUUCAUGAUUACUUUUUCGCGAAGAGCAAGUAUAUGAUAUCUAGACCUGCAGCCAUGGCAUGCAUGAUAAUGCCGAUGUGUGGAGCUAUGUUUUUACUCGUUAACAAGCAGGACAUUUGGCUCUACAUUAGUACAGCCAUUAUAGGCAUUUGUACUGGAGCAAUUACCACAAUUUCUGUCUCCACAACCACCCAACUAUUUGGAACCAAAAAUUUUGGAGUAAAUCACAACAUUUUAGUCUCCAAUAUACCAAUAGGAUCUUUCCUUUUUGGUGACGUUGCAGCCCUGCUUUACAAUAGAGCCAAGCUUUCAGGUGAAGACAAUUGCAUUGGUCAGAAAUGCUAUCAAACCACUUUCAUUAUCUGGGGAUUAUUGUGUUUUCUUGGAGCUUUUCUGGGUUUUAUCCUUCAUUAUCGAACAAAAAAAGUUGUAAUCACGUAG